AUGAAGCAGCUAGCCAUGGAGACCUCAACCUACGAUCCGUGCCUCCUUCACUACCGCGAUCCAAAGCAAGGAUUCGGCAUUAUUGGAAUGCAAACAGAUGAUACGCUCAUUGUCGCUGACGAAGCCUUUGCCAUACGAGAGGAAGAGCAAAUCAAACGUGCAAAUAUCCUUUGCAAGCCACGUGAACAGCUUAUAACCAGCAAACCGCUACGAUUCAAUGGUGCGGUAAUUACAGAAGAUGCCCAGGAUCACCCUUCGGAUAUAGUCAACUCCCGUGGCAAGAUUCGUAAGAAUGCAUCUCUGUAUGAGCAGUACGUUGCUCAACGAGCUCUUGGUGCAUAUAUUGCUUCUGUAUCCCAACCUGAAGCUUCGUUUGAUCUCUCUUUCGCAGCACAAGCCACACAACCGGAUGAAGAGGAUAUAAAAGCGCUCAACAAACGACUCAAAUGGCAGGCUGACAACCCCAACCACGGACUACGAUUCAUCAAGAUUAAUCUACGGACCGCACAAUUGUACGCAUUCAUUGAUGCUUCGUUCGCUAACAAUAAGGACUCGUCUUCACAAAUUGGCUAUAUUAUCGUACUCGCUGACGCCCAAAAUAACGCGAAUAUCCUCCACUGGUCCUCUACAAAGUGUAAGAGGAUUACCCGAAGCGUACUUGCUUCGGAGAUGUACGGUAUGGCCAAUGGAUUCGAUGCGGCUGCAGCAAUCAAAUCAACUCUCACCCAACUGCUGCAUCUUUUAGAGCCGCUCCCACUAGUCCUUUGCACUGAUUCGAAGAGCCUUUACGAAUGCCUCGUCAAGCUGGGUACGACACGUGAAAAACGCCUUAUGAUCGAUCUCAUGUGCCUCCGUCAAUCGUACGAACGUCAAGAGAUCACGGAAGUGAGAUGGAUCAACGGUAACAGCAAUCCUGCGGACGCCAUAACAAAGAGCAAGCCCUGCCGCGCUCUACAAGAACUUAUUGAUACGAACAAGCUACGUAUCGAUGUUAACGGAUGGGUAGAAAGGUCGUUAAUGAAGCGCAACUCUAAGUUAAAGAACGUACGAUUUGCAACACCUGUUACUACACCGGCUCCAUAG